CGUAUUCUCAUAUGCAUACCGAUAGUUGUGGGUGGCAGUAGUACGGUGGCAAACAAAGAAUCAAUUAUGAUGAAAUUUCUGAGUAUCGUUAUUGUGAUUGCUUUUGCAGUAAUUACAAGUUCGGCUAUCAACUGCAAGAAAGAUAAAUGCCGGGAAAGUGGAACACAGCAAACUAUGUGCAAAUAUCCGACUUCGAAACCAGCGGCAGCCUGUGGCAAAGUAUUAGCUCAGGGAUUCACAGAGGAAGAGCGAAGGGAAAUACUUGAGGCACACAACAUGCAUAGAUCAUUCGUGGCUAACGGUUUUGAAAAAAGAGGAAAUCCAGGACCACAACCACCGGCAUCGAAUAUGCAAAUAUUGGUUUGGGACAACGAACUGGCGAAAGUAGCUCAGAGAUGGGCAAUCCAGUGCCAAAUUGCUGCCGAUAGGUGCCCACACGUUGACAGAUUCCGUGUCGGGCAAGCCGCAGUUGGGAUGAAGACUACUGGAACUGUGACUACAAAACCAUCAGACAUAAUAGACUACUGGUACAAUCAGGUAAACAAUAUGGACCGCAAUCAAGUACCCCGACUCACAAAUAACCAAGGCGUGAAUGAUUACAUUCAAUUAGUUUGGGCGAAGACGAAUAGAGUUGGUUGUGGUAAAGUAAUAUAUCAACCAGACGAAUGGAAGAUCUACUGGAUGGUAUGCAAUUAUGGUCCAACAGCUAAUGUUUUCAACGAACCAGUGUACCAGAUCGAUUUCCAACGGAUUAAUUUGAGAAACAAUGUCUCAAUUGAUAUAAACGAAGAAAAUGAGAACGAACGUAUAGCUUCAUAAGAUUACAGGAUAACUUUUCAAUUUUUAGUUCCCAAUAGCCUUCCCUUGGAAUGAUUAUUAAUAUUUUCCUAUUCACACCUAAAAUCUUUUUGGGAUCUGCCCUAUUUGCUUCUUCAACAGAGUUUGUUUCUUCCUGUAAUAAAUAUUUUGCCCCUCAUACGUUUGUUGUAACGUCAUUUGCGAAGACGACUCCACCAGUCUCUUCCAUUGUGAAUGUACCAACGAAUGUCGAUAUUAAUUCCGAUGGAAAGAACUGCGUGUCCAUAUAUCAGGAAGUCGACGCACUUCUUGUGAAGGCUUAAUGGUUCCUGGUGACUCUUUAUUAUGUAUACUAUGUAAAAAAAUUUAUUUAAAAGAAUUGAUCCAGUUCAUUUAUGAAAAUAGAUAAAAUAAACAACAUCUUGAUAAGAUAUA